CUGGCGAAGAGGAUGGUAUAGCUGAAAAAAGAAAUCCAACCCUGAAAUCAAGCCGUCGAUCUUGCGAACUGUUUCUUACGAUUCUGGUUUUGACCAAUGUGAUUAUACUGAGUUUCUUGAUAUCGGCAUUUAUGGCAGUGCAUAAUAAGAAUCAUUUUGAUGGAAUUUACUCGCACAGUGAUCUUAAUGUUGAUUUGAAGAAGACAUCUGCGUACUCUCCCUUAUUCGACUUGCUUGACCUGCGUGGGUCUUUAUACCAAAUCAAUGGUCGGAUUCACGACAAAACAUCUAUAUUCCGACAAGAUCCAUCGCCUGAAGUGGACAGAGCUUGGGACCAUAUUUCUGCUGAGGGUAAAGAAAUCAUUCUUGUGCCCGGGUCUGCUGUGUCAAAAUCUCAAAAGGAAACAAAUAUCAGUGUCAAGGCUCCUACAAGCUGGGGAGGGGGGGAAAACCUCUAUAUUGCACAGAUUGAUGUGUUUCAUCAAAUACACUGCCUCAAUGAGCUACGCAAAGAAAUAUGGUUCGACUAUUACUACGGCGACAACCAAGACUUGUCGAAGACAUCAAACUCCUCAUUCAGACGAUCCCACCUCGACCAUAAGAGCCACUGUAUCCAUAUGCUGCUUCAAACAUUGAUGUGCCAUGCGGAUGUGGAUAUUAUAACACAUAACUGGGUGCAUUAUAAUGAUAUCAAUCAACCAAGUCGACCAUACGCCGAGCCUUUCGCUGACUUCAACAUGAUAAAGAAGUGUCGGAACUUUGACCACCUUCUUUCGUGGGUAGAGGAGCAUGCGGUCCGAGACCUCGCAAAGAAAUGGCAUGAUUUACGAAUGCCAGAAGGAGCAACACUUGUUCAGGAUGAUGGAUACUUUUAGCUUCGAUAUGAAGGCGCGUUGAACUAUACUUAUUUUCCCC